AUGGGUAUGGAUAAUCUAGGAAAGAUCAAUGCCAAGAGUUAUCCGCCCUUUAAACCAAUGAUAAUCUACAUCAAUCUUGGCGUGUCUUUAAUUUGUGGUCUGAUGAUGUCAUUGAAAUAUAUGUCCAAACCAGUAUUGUUAGUGUAUGCGGGACAGCUGCUCUAUUUCGCUUAUACAUUUUACGCCAACCCUAAACUUAAAUAUUCUGAAUGGCACAGAAUACAGAUAGCAACUCGUCAUGUUGGUUGUGCUGGCAUCUAUAUCCUCUAUUCAAGUUUUCAGGAAAAAAAAUCUCUAGCAAGUCGCCAACAAUUACAACGUAUUGGAGAAAUAUUACUCGGAAUUUAUUUCUUCGCUUAUAUGUACGCUCUUAAUAAUAACACUGAAUUUAAAGAGGCGUUUGGUAGUCACGUGCCUGGUGGUGAUUGGAGUAGGUUUAUUGUGACUGUUGUUAUGGCAACGUGUUCGUUAGGUUUUAUCACUGGGUUUUUCGUACGAGAUAUCUGCCUCUGUUCUAGUGUAAUUAUAAUGUUUAUGGCGGUGAUAUUAGAUGGUGAUUUUAAAUAUUGGACCAGGCGUGGUGUCCAUUACUGGAACGUCGUCAGAAUGGCUAUUGACAGUAUGUGUUGUGUGGUGGGUUUCGUUUAUUUUUCUGUUCGUUU